AUAUUACACAAAUCAUACAUGAUGAUCGACAAACUGAGCACAGAUUCAAAAAUUGCGCAAUGCUGUCACCUUGUGGUGACUAUGAGAUAGAACACAGAACCUCACUCAAGAUUAAGCCUAGACAUGAAGAGGACAUACUGAAUAAACUUGUGCUAGAAAUAAUCCAUAGAGACCCAAGACUAUUCAAAAAGUAUAUCAUCCUACAAAAAGAAACAAAUUCAAUAAAGAAGGAACGUCUAAUAAAUGAGUUAAUAGACGAACUCGUAGAAACAGAAAAAUUACUGAGAAAUAAUCCUGUAAAAAAGAGACUGCCUAAUAAUCAGAUUAAGUACAAAAGUGAACAAGAAAGAUCUAAAAAAAAACAAGAUGUUAAAUUAGGUGCUAAAAUAGCAUUAGAAAAGUUAAUAAAUGGUUACCUAGAAACCUUAAAGACCUGGAUGCCCGAACCAAAUAAAUCUGAAAAACCAAAAUCUGCUAAAUCGGAUAAAUCUGAAGCAAGUCAACUGAAUUGGAUGUAUAUGGUUAGAUCUUGUUAUAUAAAAGGAAUUAAAGUUAAAAAGGAUAAAAAUAAAGGAAUCAAAGUCAAAAAGAAAGUAUAUGAGGCACAUACUCAUUAUCAAAAACCUGAUAAUACCGGCUAUAAAGAUGAAAAUGAAGCAUUUAAAAAGCCUUCCAAGACCACUGAAGGGAACUUCGAACCUGAUAAUGAUAAUGAUGAAAUGAUUUCUGAAGGUGAUAGCGAGAACGUGAGAAUAUUAAAGAAACUUGACCUAGACUACGCCUGCAAUAAUUGGAUAAACAAAGUAAAAGACUUUAUGAAGACGAACCAGGAAGUACUGAAGAUAGAAAAGUCACACCUAUCUGAACCCGAAAAACUUUCUAUGCCAAGACCGAAGACCAAACCAGAAGGACCAUCUACAAUGAAGCAAAAGAGGGAAGAAAUAUCAAAAACUGAAGUUAAACUCGCAAGACCUAUAAAAGAAACAAAUACAAAAAUAGUAGAAAAAAAGAUUGGAGGUGAAAAAGGAAUUAGAAUUGCAGUUGAUAAAUACAAAACGCUAAGAUAUGCCAAUAGAAUAGUCCAAGGACUCGAUGCUGAAGAGGCGGAUGGAAAGAAGGCGUUUAAACAGCAUUUGAACUCUGCUGAAAAUGGCAGUGGAGGCAUAUCUGACCUGGAGAGCUAG